UGAAAAUACUUCUAUAAAGAUCAAGAUCAAGAGUGUUGUGUUUUGAGAUUAUGAACCACCACUGGUCUGCUUACAAGAUCAUAAAAGUACCUAAUUGGAGAGGGUCAGUGGAGCAACACAGCAUCAUGGCAGUGUACACCCGUCUAUUGAGCAGGACCUCUGCACUAGGGCCAGGCUUGCUACCUUCACCUCUGUCCACCCUUCUAGUGAGGACCAUGGCCACCAAAUCACAGAAGCUUACAGAUGAAGAGCGUACAUCGGAACUGGCAGCACUGAUGGCGGCAGGCUGGGCAAUGGUGGAGGGCCGAGAUGCUAUUACCAAGACUUACAUUUUUCAGAACUUCAAUAAGACCUGGGGUUGGAUGAGUCGUGUUGCACUGCAGAGUGAGAAGAAGAACCACCACCCAGAAUGGAGUAAUGUGUACAACAGAGUGGAGGUGACAUGGUCCACACAUGACUGUGGUGGACUCUCUCGUAAGGACAUUGUCUUGGCCACUUUCUGUGACAAAGCCUUUACCGACAACUGAUGGACUGAAGACACCUCAACAGUUACUAAGUCAUGCAAUUUGUACUACAACACCUGGUGACUACAACAGCAAGACAUCAUCUUUAUAUUUUUGUAAGAAUUCUAUUACUUGUCUUGUCUCUUCCAUUUUUUUGCUGUUUCUCAGAUUACAAGUGUGGAUAUGACUUUUUGUGUCUAAUUAGUGACAUUUAUUAGCCUUAGGCAACAAACAGAAAGGAAAAAUAUACUAGAGUGCCAUUCCCCACAGAAAAUACAAGAAGGAUUAUCCAGAAUUGGAUAAUAUUUUUUGUGAAAGUACUACUAUCUUGGAAUCUCUGGAAAGAGAUGCAUUUCGAAAGACCUUCAGUGUUCAAGAAGUAGUCAGGGAAAAUGAGGAGAAAAGAUAUGUCGCUCUUGUAUGAGCUAAGGAAUCCACAUAAUGAGGCCAUGCCCCUGAUGUGUGCUGAGCAGCUGUAAGAGCAUUGAGACAUUGUAUCACUACUGGCUCAAGGAAUCAUUAAGUGUGACAUACUGAAGAAGGUGCAAUUCAUAGCCAUCAGGGAGACCACCAAACUUUGUGGGCUUUCCUUUUAUGUGGUGAAGACUUGCCACCUAGGGAGCAUGUCUCAAAUUGCAAGGAGAAAGUCAAUAAAUGGAUUAAAGGAGAUGAA